AUGCAAAUAACAUUCCUCCUACCCCUUCUCUCUCUCCUCUACAUCACCUCGGCCCGUCCGGCCAAACGGGCCCCUUUGUCCGCUCGAGCAUCUUGCAGAGUGAAGAAUAAUUCUACAGCUCUCUUCGCUGGAUUUGCCGGGGCUGCCGGACGAGGGAAUGGGACGCAUGCGUGGAGUGGGGGACAUGGAUGGGGAUAUGAGCAUGAAGGAGGUGCAGGGGUGUCUGGAAUACCGAGUGGUGUGAAACCAAGUGGGGCGAGUGUACCUAGUGUCAGUGCAGGAGGAGACGGAGGUGGUGGGGGAGGAGGAGGACAAGAAUCAUCUACUACCCAUACUGAGACCCAAACUCAAACCCAAACGCAAACACAAACACAAACACAAGCGCAUAGCACUUCACCAGCAGCAGCUCCUAGCCCUGCUCCGUCUAGUGGAGGAGAUGGAGGUGGAGGUGGAGAUUCGGACGAAGAGACUUUAUUGAAACUGCACAAUGACUUCAGAGCGCAGUACGGUGCUGGUCCGGUGACUUGGAAUGCCGAUGCUGCUAGUUAUGCAAAGACCUAUGGAGCAGGAUGCAAAUUUGCACAUUCAGGUGGUCCAUAUGGUGAAAACCUAGCAGCAGGUGCAGGUGGAAGUUAUGACGUUACUGCUGCAUUCAAUUCAUGGGCGAACGAAGCUGCUCAAUAUAAUUGGGAUCAACCGGGUUUCACAGAAGCUACGGGUCAUUUCACUCAGGUCGUAUGGAAAGCCACGACUCAAAUAGGUUGUGCAGUUACUUCAUGUGCGGACGGUACGAUUUUUUCCGGUAUGGGAUCUCCAUCUCUUUAUUUGAUAUGCGAAUACACCCCAGCCGGAAAUGUAGUAGGGAACAAUAACCAAUACUUUGUUCAGAACGUAGGGACCAAAGGUAGUUGA